AUGUCUCUAUCUGAUAAGAAAACCAAUGAUAUCGAGGAACGAUAUUGCCAGACCUCCGAAUUCCUGAGAUGGCAAAAUUUCAAAGAUUCUUUCAAGCGGGUCAAUGUGGAAGAAGAUAAUGAUUCGUUUGAAGAUAUGAAUGACAUCGAAAAGGCCAAUCUUCUCACAGCCAACUCACCUCUUAAACGAAAAUUAAAAUCAAGAAAUAUAAGCAUGAUAGCUAUUGGCUCUUCCAUAGGAAGCGCAUUGUUUGUUGGUUCCGGUUCCGCUUUAGCAACAGGAGGUCCCGCAGGUAUCUUAAUCACUUGGACCAUCACUGGAUUCGCUAUUUUCACAACAAUGCAAAGUUUGGGAGAACUUUCCGUUACAUUUCCCGUCAGUGGUGGCUUCAACUUGUACGCAAGCCGUUUUAUUGACCCAUCGGUUGGAUUCGCUGUGGCUUGGAACUACUUCAUUCAGUUUUUAGUGUUGCUUCCGUUGGAACUUGUGAGUAGUUCCAUCACCAUGCAAUUUUGGAACAGUUCCAUUAAUGCAGAUGUUUGGGUGUUGAUCUUCUAUGUUGUGGUAUGCUCGAUCAACUUGUUUGGUGUACGUGCUUAUGGUGAAACCGAAUUUGUAUUCUCGUUCAUUAAAGUCAUCGCUGUCAUUGGUUUCAUCAUUGUUUCCAUAGUACUAGCAGCCGGCGGUGGACCAAGUGGUCACUCACAUGGUGCCGAGUAUUGGCAUGAUCCUGGUGCGUUUGCCAAUGGGUUCAAAGGUGUCAUUUCUGUCUUUGUCACUGCAGCAUUCGCUUAUGCUGGCGUGGAGCUUGUUGGUCUUGCAGCCGCGGAGGCCGAAAACCCACGAAAGUCGCUUCCCAGAGCCAUCAAACAGGUUUUCUGGCGGAUCUUGAUGUUCUAUUUGGUUUCAUUGACUUUGAUCUGUUUCUUGGUGCCAUACAAUUCGGAAAAAUUGCUCGGUGCAUCAUCGGUCGAUGUAACUGCAUCUCCGUUUGUCAUUGCAAUCGAAGAGGGAGGUAUAAAAGGGUUGCCUCAUGUCAUGAAUGCUGUGAUUUUGAUCUCUAUCAUUUCCGUGGCAUCAACAUCUGUUUAUGCUUCGUCAAGAACUUUGACCUCUUUAGCCGAGCAAGGUUCGGCACCCAAAAUUUGUGCCUAUGUGGACCGGGAGGGCAGACCUUUAGUGGCGAUUAUCAUCUGUAACAUUUUCGCUUUGCUCGCCUUCAUUGCUGCCAGUGGCAAGGAAAGUGAAGUCUUCACGUGGCUUUUGAGUAUAUCAGCUUUGAGUUCCAUCGCCCUGUGGAUCUCCAUCAAUUGGGCCCAUAUAAGAUUCAGGCAUGCUUUGAAAGCACAAGGAAGAGGCACAAAUGAAUUGCCAUUUGUUGCACAAACCGGCACUAUAGGCUCAUAUGUUGGAGGCUUAGUGUUUGUUUUGGUUCUUAUUGCACAAUUCUGGAUUGCGCUUUUUCCUCUCGGGGACAGCCCUAACGCAUCAGACUUCUUUGAGUCUUACUUGGGAGGAGUCAUCCUUAUUUUGUUCUAUGUGGGACACAAGAUAUGGAAAAAGAACUGGAUCUUCCAGAUACCCGCUAAAGACAUUGACAUUGAUACUGGACGCAGGGAAACAGAUCUCGAACUACUCAAGGAGCAAAUUCGCCAGGAAAAGGAGUUACUUGCUCGUAAGCCCUGGUAUUUCAGAAUUUAUCACCUCUGGUGUUGA